CCUAAAUGCGCCUGUUCUGGGAAUCCUCGGCUGCCCAAGUGGCCGGUGCGGGGGCGUGACAGUCUAAAGUCCGCUAAAUUUCACUACCUCAGCCUACAAAGCCCUUCUGACGCUGACCUAGCUAUCGCCAACUCCUCAUCCGUCGCCAUAUUCGUCUCCGCCUGCACCUCAAGCUCUUUGUUCUCCAGCGUUCCGGCUGCAGACCUCGACAGAGACACAGCCGCGGAAGCAAACAUCAUCACCACCACCAUGGAAGAUUCUCAGUCGCCUCAAUCACUGGCGGGCCACAUAAAUCCCACUACAUCUACGACUAUCAAGGGUGGCACUGGCAAAGGCAAACCCCGGGUUUCGCAACGCCAACCCCAAGCUUGUCAGGAAUGCACUAUUCGCAAAGUUAAAUGCGACAAAAAGAUUCCCUGUUCGCGAUGUGCGCGCCUCAACCGACAUUGCGCCCGCGAGCUUGUCUUCACCAGCAAAGCGGUUGCGCGAGGGGCCGAGAGAGGCGAUGAAGUCCGAUUUCUUCUAGGGCUCACCGACAUGCUUGACAUACCCGACGGCUUGAAGCUUAUAAAAGAAGCCAUCACCCACCGAGUUGAUGCCAUUGACGUGCUCGGUAUCCGCAACGAAUUUUCCAACGCAGAAUCUCCCGAGCAGCCCGUUCCGGAUGCAUCACCGGAAGCUCCAGUACAGGGCGACUUUAAGCCGGAUUUUCGUGUUGAAGGACCACCUCCCUCGUCCGCGGACCACACGACUCCCCAGCUGGCAUCAUCAUUUGAUAAUACAACGGGUAUGAUGGAACUCGAAGCACAGAUUUGGUCUAGGCCGUCAAGCUAUUGCUUCCCUCAUCGUCGAGGUUGCCAGUGUCAGCAAAUCCGCGAUUACGCUGAGGUGGCAUCCAUUAACUCCGAUAUAAAUAGCCCAGCCGUAAUCUGGUCGUUUGCUUCCACGAAUAUCGGUGUAUUUCCAUCGGUUGCAGACGCUCAAAAGCUAGUCAACUUCCACAUCUCGUCCCUAUGGUGGCAUCACCAUGUAGCCCAUGCUCCGACGUUCUGGCAACAGUGCGAAGCAUUUUGGACCUCGGGUAUGGUGGUGCACCCACUUUGGACUGCUUUCUAUCUCUCUGUUAUCACGGCAUCAGUAUGGACGCUGCUUAACGCUCCCAAGGAAGCAGAAAAGCUUGGACUCGUAUUGGAUGAAAGUUCUGUUGAGAGACAGUAUCGCGAAAUGGUCCGGAUCCUAUCUCAAGAAAACUUUCUGGAACAUCCAUCCAUGUUUAGCAUCCAGGCUAUCAUCGUGUCGCAACGAUUUGCACACAGUAUUGGUCAAACCACUUUGGCAGGUAACCUGCUGUCGACCGCGAUUGGCAUAGCACAAAGUAUGGACCUGCACCGCAUCCGUGAACCUGAAGCAUUCGAUCCGCGACAUGGAGCCCUCGCCCCAGAGCUUGUUUGGUUCGAAACAGUUGAACGCGAGGUGGGAAAACGCACAUGGGCGCAGCUUUUAAUCCAAGACUAUCUUGCGUAUCCGUACAAGGAGAUAUAUACCGUAAACCUCCGCCAGUUCUCAACUGCUCCUCCGAUGAACUGCGACGACGUAGAUAUGAUAAGCAAGCCAGACGAUCAGUUCACCGAGACAUGGUAUAUUCGACAAAUGUUACGAUUUUCGACCACAGUCCCGCCUUGGCUAGAUCGACUCGGCUCCAUGCGAACUCGGAAGUCUCAUGCCGAUCUUGUGAAGCAAAUCGCUCUCAUCACUGAACUAUUGCAGGCGGUGCAGGCGAAGUUCCCCAUUGACAUGCUGCGUACUAGUAAACCCGGAGAGCGGUUGUACCCAUGGAAGCCGAUAGCUCAUCGAACCACAAUGAUUGCGGGUGCAGACAAACGCGUUUAUAUAAACAGGCCGCUGCUGCCUCACGCUUUCCAGACCGACAAGUUUCUGGACAACAGAAAGACCUGUGUCGCCGCGGCUACCUUGGCAGCAACAGAAUUCAUACGAAUCUGGGACGAAGGUGGUGGAGGAAUAGCCAUAUGGACCACCGUAGCCGCGACCAUCUGCGCCGUCGUCAUUCUUGGCCUCGAACUGUUGUAUCGUGAUUCGCAUUCAGAUGAACAGGCCAACUUCCUUCGCAAGCUGCUGAGUAGCGUCGCCGCGAUCUUCCGGCGUCGCCGAGCUGAUGUCCCGGCCGCGAAGGCUGCGAGACUGAUCGACCUUUUUAUCGCUUCGGAAGAAAAUGUCGUUUUGCGAGCCAUGCGUGGCCAGGGUGGUGCCGAGGGGGUAGGAGAUGCGGAGGGUAUAAUGCAAGAAGAACGCCUUCUAUUCCAACUCUUCUCACUCACGAACCGAGAAGCAACAUCGGACGCUAGCGGCUCUCCAAACCAGGACAUGAUGCAACCGCCGCAACCGCCGCAUCCCACGGUCCCAACUCCUGCCCCGGCACAAGAUCCAAUCGCAUCAUUCGACUUUGACUUGCUAACACAAGAUCCUGCGCAGCUAAGCGAAUGGUUCUCGAAAGCAUUUCCGGAAGAAAUGGGCUAGUGUCGUCGCUGGUGCUGUCGAUGUCGGGGGAUCGAUCGAAGGAUGAGGAUGCGGUGAUGUCGACAAAGAGGGUGUACCGUUAUGACAAUGUAGAACCAUCAACUAGGUCAUAACAGUUGAUGGAAACAGGCCUUGAAAAAUUGCAUCGUACAUUGAGAAGCCAAGUCGAGCAGAGGAGACGGGUCGAAUAUCGGACGAGUUUGAAGCCAGAGCGUGGCCAGUUUCCAAGGUUGGGCCAGGUUGGACUGUACCACGUGAAACACGGGCGACGGUUGGGUAUCAACACGGGUUAAUUGAGGUAUCUCUUCCUCAUCGGAGCUCGGGUGAUACAGCAAUGUCUCCGGUGCAGGUCGGCUGCAGAUACUGCCAACGGUCGAUCACUGUCACUGCAGAGUGAGUAUUGGGCAAUGCAAUCUGAGGGUUGCAGCCUUCGGCAGAUGCAUAGUGACAGCUUUGACAGCUUGCAUAUCGCGGAUCAGGUUCGAACUCGGCCGUCAAGCUACCUUGUCUGGACCUAGAUGGGAUCCGUCCUAUCCGUGUUCUUCGUGCUGGUGCAUGCCCAUUGCUGCCUCGCUUAGAAACUCGGCCGAGUUUUGCGGAAACAUGGCGUACAGCCCAUCAAAUUAAGACGUGGAUCAACGGGACAAAAGUCGAGGCUGUCUUGCCAGGCUGUUAAUGAGAUAUGACGGCAUAAGAUUGUCGAAGAAGACUCUUCUGAGGUAGAAGGAGCCCACACAUAGUAUAUUUUAUCGCCAAAUAGCCAGCUUAUGUUUAUGAUUAUCAAGAAGGAAUGAAUCAACUAUGCUCAUGCAAGAAGAACACUAAAUUCAAUGCAAUCGCAUGUUGAAGAAGGUGGAUAUAGGCAGGCAUCGUCCAUCUCAAAGGGCUAAUAAACGCGGGGCGUAGUAUGGGGCAUGCCAUCUCAGGCUCGUACUGUAGCCAAUCCCAGCUAAAGUAGCUUUGUAUAUUGUAUUGCAACACCGGAAGUUCCCCGCAUACAUUUAGCGAGGCUUGUUAGACGCCAAUGAAUAUCAAUGCCACCCACAGAACAUCUCUCCUUGCGCCGGGUCAGUUGCAGAACCCGCCC